AUGCUCGUAACAGUGCAAACAAAAGUUGUUAUCAGCAACCAACAAGGAGAAAAGCUUGUUGGGAUUCUGCAUGAUACUGGUUCUAAGGAGCUUGUCAUUAUAUGCCAUGGAUUUCAGUCUUCCAAGGAACGCAUACCAAUGGUGAAUCUUGCUGCUGCAAUAGAGAGGGGAGGAACAUGUGCUUUCCGCUUUGAUUUUGCUGGAAAUGGGGAGAGUGAAGGAUCGUUCCAGUAUGGCAAUUAUUAUAGUGAAGUCGAUGAUCUACGUUCCGUAGUGUUACACUUUCGUGAGACACAUGUAAUAAAAGUACUUAUUGGGCAUAGCAAAGGGGGGAACGUUGUCCUCUUAUAUGCUUCAAAGUACAAUGAUGUUGAUACGAUUGUGAACAUUUCUGGUCGAUUUUAUCUGGAGAGAGGCAUUGAAGGUCGACUGGGCAAAGACUACCUCCGCAGGAUCAAAGAAACUGGAUACAUUGAUGUUAGGAAUAGAAAAGGUGAGGUAGCUUUUCGAGUGACUGAAAAGAGCCUGAUGGAUCGUCUAAACACUGAUACUCACAGAGCAUGCUUAUUGGUUCCCCAAGAAUGCCGGGUGUUGACGGUACAUGGAUCCAAAGAUCAGCUUGUACCAGUUGAAGAUGCCGUGCAAUUUUCGAAGCUCAUAAGAAACCAUCGCCUGUGCAUUGUAGAUGGUGCUGAUCAUGAAUACACGUCGCAUCAGGAGAACCUAGUUUCACUGAUAUUAGAUUUCUUGCGGGAAGCGCAGAGGGACUGUCAUUCUUUGCGCUCAAGAUUCUGA